CGGAGGCGACGGAGUGGUAGUGGCAGUGAGAUCCGACCGCGCGACCGCAGACGGUCGAUCGGGUCGAGUGCCGUACAGAUCUUAACACGAAGCAAUUCUACCAAGUGACGGACGGUCGAUUCGAUGGCAUUCUUUUAUUUAGAUUUCCCACAGUGAUGGCAUAGCGACUACGAGCUGCGAUGAGUGUUUUGUUUUCACUUGGUUUGACAUCUGAUCAGAACCCUCUGUUUCGCGCCUUUCAACCUCCAUCUCUUUCCCAUCUUAUUUUUCUUUUCUCCUUCAUAUCUCCUUUUGUGUACAUGGCUUUCAAUAUUCUUUUCUCCGCGCGCAGGGCUAUUUUUGUGCCCGUGAUUCAAAGCGGACGUUUGAGUUGGACUAUUAGAACUGUGUUCGGGUCUGGAAAACGGGUGCAAAUGGCGUUUCCCUUAGUCGACGUUGAUGUCGAUGACCUCUUUUGAUUUUAAAACAUGAAGUAUUUAUGGCAUAACAGACCAAACCCACCACUAUAUGCACUUCACUUUC